CUGCGUGCUGCGUGUGAGCAGCUUGCUAUAGGAAUCUGAGGGAGGAGGCGCUGGGCGGUGCCCGGGCGUUGGAUAGGAGAGGUCAAGAUUCAAGAACGACGACACGCCGAAGUAGCAGAGGGAUCCGUUGGCCUCCCGUACCCAGCCCCCUUCUACCCCUUCGUCGACGGCUGGGAUUGCGGCGGCGCCCUUGUCUUCGCCGGCGACGAGCAUCGCCAGAAUGGGUGUGUAGGGACUUCCGAUUGGGGGGGGCGAUUGCGGAGAUGGGCUGAUCAGAACUGCGACAAGGUCCGGUUUUCUCCUCCAAAUUGUGGUCUCUGGAGGUGGAUUUGCUUUUUCCGUAGCCGCAGAUGGACGACGACGAUGGCAGCCUGGGCAUUCGGAAUUGGGGCUUCUACGACACCAUGAAGGGCAACCUAGGCCUGCAGCUCAUGUCGUCCAUGCCACCUGACCGGGACACGAAGCCACUGCUCCCGAGAGCUGGUUUCUUGCAGCAGCAUGGGCAUCACAAUGCAUCGCACCAGCUCCAUGCACAGCAGUCGCAACAUUAUCGUGAUUCCACUUGCGGUGGAGGAGCCUCUGGUGGCAUGCCCACCGAGCAGCACUCUAUCCACAUGGACUUCUCACGCAAUGAAGCUUGGCUGCACCCAUCGCACCACCACCAACAUCCCCAUGACCAGAAGGUCCUUCAUUCUCGCCCUACCGUACCAGCUGGGCAUGUUGGGCAUCCAGGCCAUGGUAGCCAUCCUGUGCAUGGUGGGCAUAUCGUGCAUCACCAUCCUACUGGCUAUGGGUCAAUAUCAGAUGCACAACAUACUCUCCAGAUGAUGCAACCACAGCUUGAGUCACAGCUUCAGGAGCCUCCUCCAUGCAAGGGAGACGAAGCGCCACCUCCGCCAAUUGAGGAUCACUCUGUGGUUAGUACCGGGCCACCUGUGAAAAAGAGGCAGCGAGGCCAGCAGCAGAGUCGGCAGCCUAAGUCACCAAAGCCUAAGAAGCCUAAGAAGGUUGCUGUUCUGCCAGAGGGUGGGGCACUUAAUGGGCAUGCACCCCGUAGGAGGGGCCCUAAGAAGGCUGUGGGGAUGGUGAUUAACGGUAUUGAGUUGGACCUUGCCAACUUACCAACACCAGUGUGCUCAUGCACUGGAACUCCCCAGCAAUGCUAUCGGUGGGGUGCAGGUGGCUGGCAGUCUGCAUGCUGCACGACUGCUAUUUCAACGUAUCCACUGCCAAUGAGCACAAAGCGCCGUGGCGCACGUAUUGCUGGAAGGAAGAUGAGCCAAGGCGCAUUCAAAAAGGUGCUUGAGAAGCUUGCUGGUGAAGGGUACAACCUUGUUAAUCCAAUUGACUUGAAGACAUUUUGGGCUAAGCAUGGCACAAAUAAGUUUGUAACGAUCAGGUAAUGAGAAAGGCUUGCUAUGUUUGCCACUUUGUAGGUUGUAGUGCUGCAGUUAGGCCUGAUUUAUUGCUUGUAUGUCUAUGUGCCAAUCUGCAGACAUUUGUAGGAGUAGUUUGUAGCCAUGUUUAGUUUCAUCCACUUAAUUGUCAUGCCUAUCUCGACUCUCGAGCUUCAGAUAUUGACCCGACUGAAGUCUUUGUAUCCUUCACUUUGCAAAUUGUACUGUAUCCAUAACAGUCUCUAAUUUAGGACGUGAGGUUCGAUGUGUUAGUUAAAUAUGCGUGGAACUAAGCAUUAUGUGGAGGUUUUCUCUGGUGGAGGACAUUUGCCAGCACCUUUUUGA